UCCAGUGUUGAAAUAAUUUUAAGAAUUAUUUUUCUUACCAAUAAUUAAACAUGCCUAAAAUUCGUGUGAAAAGAAGCGCCAUAUGGCAACAUUUUUCCAUAAACUACCAAGAGGAUGGAUCACAAGCGAUUGUCAAGUGCAACAAGUGCAAUCUCACUGUGCCUUAUUGUAAAAACACAACGAAUUUAUGGUCACACAUCCGUAUACGUCACAAAAAUGUUGUAGAAAAUUUGGAGCUUACCUUACUCGGCCAACCGAGUAAAAAGAGAAACCAAAAUCACGCGUCCACCUCGUCGAAAUCCAGGCAGAGGUCGUCGAGAAUUUGUGAUCUAUCGGAAAAAUUUUUUGGCUUGAGACGAGAUAGAGAAAUAACACGAUCUUUGAUACAAAUCGUAGCCGAGAACGUAAUCCCGUUCUCCACGGUGCAUGGAAGAGGAUUCACGAAUUUCAUAAGGACGUUGAACGACAAAUACAAGGUUCCAGAUAGGGAUACCUUGAUCUCGGAAUAUCUUCCAGAAUUAUACGAGCGGAAACGCGUAGAAAUUAAUGAAAUUUUAUCGAAAGCGACGAAUAUUCACCUUGCCGUAACUUUGUGCACCGAUUACAAACGCAGAAUACCGUUUAUGAUAACAAUCGCCCAUUUUUUCGCCAAUGAUGUCCAGCAUCAUAAAGUUUUGCACAUCUCGUGUCUGAAACAAACGAAUGUAACGAUGAUACGUGAGAACUUGUUAAAAGUUGCUGAUACUUGGAACAUCGCUUCGAAAAUAAGAACUGUGGUUUACAAUGGUAAAAGUGACAUUGUGAACGAAACGAGAGAAUGGCGACAGAUAUAUUGUUUCGGUCGCACGUUGAACUUGGUCGCACGAAAUGCUGUAAGAGAUACCAGAAUUAUAAACGAGGUGGUGAAUAAAUGUCGAAAUAUUGUUCGUUUCUUUAGAUUCGAUAACUCUGCUGCGAAAUUAUUAUCGAGGAAGGAUCAACUUGGAGAAAAUUCAUCGAGAAUUUCGAAUUUGUUCAAAGACACGCCUGAUCGUUGGACCACCAUUUAUUUAUUGUUGAACGAUAUAAACGAAUUAAGACCUGUUCUGUCAAAAGUUUUGUCACGAAAGAACGCGCCAUCCCUGACAGAGUACGAAUGGAAGACAAUUUCCGAGGUGUUAAGGGUUUUGAAGCCAUUGCACGAGGCUACGAGAGAAUUAUUGGUCGAUUGUACCGUGACAAUCUCAAAAAUAAUACCCAUCGUUCAUGGUGUGGAGGCUGCUUUGAAAAAUAUGGAUAAUUUGUCGCUAGAUGUGACUUUGUUCCGUGACAAUUUAUUAACACUUUUCGGUGAACGGUUUGAGAAUAUCGAAAGAAAUCCCGUUUACGCCAUCGCCACAUUUUUGGAUCCCAGAUACAAGGAUAUCGCGUUUCAAUCGAAAGAGUGUGUUAAAUUGGCGAAACAUCUGUUGAUGAAGGAGUUAAAUUAUUGUUUCGAUAAUGAAAAUGAUAAUUCUGAUUUACAUAUGGAUAAAGUGGAAAUAAAGGACGAGAAUAAAGAAACGAAUAUUUUGUGGGCGGUAUUCGACAAAAGGGUUCAGGAGUUGCAGAUUGAAUCUGAUAAUUGUGUGAUUUACUGUUCAUUGAAGCAUGAAUUGGAAAGAUACGCAAAUGUGAAAAUAAUUAAUAGAAAAACCGAUCCAAUCACAUGGUGGAAUAACAUGGGCCAUUCAACGUUUCCAAAACUUUCGAAACUUGCAUUAGAAUAUUUAUGCAUACCUUCAUUCUCUGCACCUAAAAAUCUCUUGUUUUCAAAAAUUCGUAAAAUUUUGUUUAAUCGAGAAAUGGAAUUACCAACGAAAUAUAUUAACAUGUUGGCUAUAAUAAGCUUAAAUUAAAA